AUGUAAAAAAAGGCGAUCAACAUACGCGAACGACUAUGCAGUGCUUCGCGCGAUUCGCUCAUGGCAAGGUGUGAUUUGAGACAAGAAUCGAUUUCGCGAGGCUUAACCACAGGACAACCGUUAUAUUAUCAAUAUUAUUAUAAAUUGAUUCACGUCCAGUGAGAACGAUCUACUUUUGAAAUCGAAAUUACCGUGGACAGCGUUUUGCCAUUUACUAAAUGAACCAUUCACUAUUAUAACAAUUAGUUGUUGUUUUCUUGAAAAAAAAAACUACAACAUAGCAAACAAAUGUUAGCACAAUGGUGAUGUGUAUAUUUAGAGUAGAGACUUGGAGUUGGGCCAUAGAAUUUUCGACAUUUUAAAACCAAUGUAAAAGAUUUUAGUGAAUAUCAACACGUACAUAUCGAUGACUUCAAUUUCUUUAAAGGAAUGGAUUCUCAAAGGAAAAUCAGUAAUGUACCGUCGCCACCGAAAAACACUUCUUCAAACUCAAAUCAACAGGGUUUCGCGACCUUGAUUGUAAUGAUAGCAGUUUUGUUCAUCAUAGUAUUAUUCUGUUGUUUCGCCGCACCCGGUAUACGAAUGAUGUGCAAGAGAUACAUCUUCAGGCGGUGUCUACCUAACGACCACAAUAUUGAUAAUGUUUAUGCCAGACGAUAUGGCUACGAUACCCGAGAUGAAAUAAAUGAAGUUAGCGAAUUGAAAAAAAAGCAAUCAAAUUUGGAAAAUAAACAUCGGGGAAGAUCCCCAACUACAGAUGUUAAUACCGUAGCACAAGAACAGACGAGGUCUGCACACCCACUGUAAUAAUUCUUCCUAACGGUAGAAUGUUGGUGGUUGAUAGAAACGUCUUAAGAACCGAAUUAGAAUUAAUGGAGAUUAGCGCUGAUCUUUUUAAUCCACACGUGGGUAGCACUCCUAGUAUCUUAGAUUCUAGUGAUACAUCGAAGGGUAUCUCCCCUACUUCUCUCGGAGUACCUCCACCUACUUACGAAGACGUUUUUCCCGAUUUCCCUCCAUCCUACAGCGAGAUCAGCAUCGUACAAAAGUCAGAUGAAUUGGAGGAUUCGAAGGAGCGCAAAUUAAGUGAAGAUGUAGUGAACUGUAAUGGUUUGAUAAACCAAAAUGUGAAUUGUGAAUAGCGGGGGAAUAUUGAUGUGAGCAACGAAAUUUUUUUAUAGGUAUUAACAGUAAUAGCAACACAACGAUCAAAAAAAUAUUUUUUUUAUGUGAAUUAUCAAUUUAUUAGGUGGUAAGUGAAAAAUUAUAUCAUUAACAUAACUUUCCGUUAAAUUGUUUUUGACCGGACCUCGUAUAAAUAACAAUAGCGAUAUUUUGUCUCAUUGGUAAGUAGUAACUAUUUUAUUUUUGAAAAAUUUCCCAACAGGUGAAUCAGAAGAUUAAUAAGAAUAGUUUUAUCAGAUACCAAGGUUAUUUCACUUUAUUCUCUUUUAAAAUAAAUUAUAGCAUAAUGGGCCACGAAACGUAUCAAGUAGGGAGUAAAUAAUUAAUCAACACACACUUUAUACCACUACAUUUUCCAAAUUCCAAAAUAUAUUAAAAAUAUCUCUAUAUUUAUUACUGUUCCACACUGUAACUCUUCACCGUUUUAAAGUUCUAAUAUCAAGGUCAAGAUCAAUGCAUCGAUACCCUUGGAAAUUAGGAAGGUAUCAGUUUGGCAACACCGAAUUCACAAGAAUUCAAUUAAUUUUCAUAGAAAUAAUAUUAAAAAUAGAGGGUGCUUGUUCAAGUGCUUCCAAAACUAAUGAUAUAGAGAGUAAUAUUAUUUAUCUCUUUCCACUAUAUUCUGAUUGGUUCGUCAUGACGACAAGUUUCGAGAGAUGAGAAUGUUUUAAUCAUAAGCGAUUUCUUUCUCUCUCUUCCUUCAGCACAAUUUUAUAUUUACAUGCAACUCUCUCUAUUUAUAAUAUUAACUCUAUGAUAAUUUUCACUCAUAUAAUUUAACGACGUUCAGUAGUAGAAACCUAGUUCGGUAAAUAUAUGCUUUGGCUUCUGUUCGCUAGAUGGCUCUGUAAUUUACAAAAAGAACGAUAUAAUAACAAUUGCGAAUUAUUUUAUUCAACUUUUAUUAUGGAAUUUAUGAUAUUUUGAAUAUAUUCAAUCAUUUCAUUUAUUUUCCACGGAAAUAAAUACAAAUUAUUCAAUUAAUAUUCAUAAAUUACAAUAAUAAUUUUAGUGACAUCGUGCUACGAAAAUGUGUACUACACAAUAUUUGUCUAGGUGCAAUUUCAUGUUCAAGUUUGACUUUGGCUUAGAGCGUCAAAUCAUUUCGACUGGAGCGCCAUCUUAAAUUUAUGCAGCAUCAAGCAUAAAAACACUAAAAUAUACCACCUCUGUUAUUAGUCUGAACGUUAAAGUUCAUGAUAAAAUAAUAUAUAGAUGAUGUUUAGCUUCGGUGCUGCAUUAAUUAAAGAUGGCGCUGCUAUGAAAAUUGUACCACGUGACCUCUUUUGAAGGUCUAAGCAGGCGUCAAGCUUCAACAUGAAAUUGCAACUUCAUUUUUUGUAAUUAUAUUUAGAUUUUUUUAUUUAAAAACGCAGGCUUCGAAACAAAAACUGUAAUAUUUUUCUACGUAUCUUUACAAAUUAAAUAUAAAGUGAUACUAAUAUAUGAACAAUAGAGAAAAAUUAUGGAUGAAGGAAGAAUAAUGAAAGGGACAUCUAAUUCUCAGUAUUUAAAAAGAAAAAGAAGAUAAUAGAAAUUAUUUAGUGUGGACAUAGAGUUAAGCUUAAAAAUAGAGAUAUUGUCUUAUGACGUUACACAUUACACGACAUUACCUCACUUUAUAGUACAACGUAAACAAACAACAUAAUAAUAAAUAAUAUAAAAUUAAAUAGUGCCAGUAUAUCAACUUGGAAGUAGUAUUCACUGGACGUAUUGUUCUUGUCAAUGUCACCAAAAUGGAAGCUUUCAUAGCUACACACUUGCUGUAAUUUGUGACGUCACAAAAUUAUAUCGUGUGGGGUUAAUAAAAGUAGACCGUCCUAUUACUUGUGGCCGUCACCACUCUCUAUCUAUCUCUCUCUACUCGCUAGUAAAGGCAAAUGUUGUUAUCCUCUUUUUUUGUUUUUGCCACUAUGCCACGUCAUGGUGAUCCAAUCAGAAUGGAGUACAGACAGAUUUUCUCUUCUUCUACUAACACUUCGAGAAAACUUUCUCGUUCUCUUUCUAUUUUUAAUAUUAACUCUACGAAUAUGGAGGGUAUUUAAUCAAUGACGAUCAAUUCAGUUGAUUUUCAUUGCAUUUAAUAAAAAUGUUAUUUGUAAAGUUUUAUUUGCGGCAUCUUCUAUUUGCUGCUAAUUUAAUAUAAGGAAAUUAUAUCUGAGUGUGGAAUUUUCAUCUAAUUUCACUAAGUGUUACUAAUUUUUAAUUAAGAAUCUAUUAUGUCAAAUAUAUUGGUAGUUGUAUAUAUGUUUAAAAAAUCAUUUUGCCGAUAAAAAUAAAGUGAUUCCAUUUUUUAAAUUGUUACUACGUUUGAUUUGAAAGGUUUAGAUAACAUAUUAUCUAUUAAUGCUUCUGAAUGCUCUUGAUUUUAGGUCUUUAAGUCUUGAAGAAAAGUCGAAACGUCAAUUUUUAUCUUUCUUUCAAAAAUUUAAAAAAAAAAACUAAUUUUAAAACAGAAGAGGCCUAAAAUCAAGAACAUUCAGAAGCAUUAAUAUAUCAAAAGGUCCAAGAAAUGAGAAAUUAUCUAUUUAUAUAUUGAUACAUAUCGCAAAUAAUGAAAAUAACUUAAGUCGUGUGACUAAAUAAGAAAAAAACAUUUUUUUUGUCAAAAAUCUGUUCGAUAAAGCCAGAUAACACGUUUGUACAGUAUUUUUUUCAUUAAGAAUUAAUGAUAAAUUAACACACGACAUUGUUUUGAAAAUAACAGAAGUAGUUUCAUUUAAAUGACUGUCACUUUUUUCUGACAGAUCGAAAUGUCAUGAAAUUAGACACGCAGUUUUUUGAUAGUUGGUACUUUAUAAACGUCAUAUGGUUUUGACAAUAGCAGCGUCAUCAGUGUGUCAGUGACACGACUUAUUGAAUGAAGUUAUAUGUAACUAUAAAUUGAAAAAAUAAAACUAUUUUCAACAAAAUCAGCAUGCAAUUACGAGCAAAUAUAAGUACGGAGAUGAUUUUAUAUUUGUAAUCAACAAUUGUUUCAAGAAAACAAGUAUAUAGUGUCAGGAUUGAUAAGAAUUGUCUCGUUUAACCACCUCGCUUGUAAAAUUAGCAAAAUAUUCACAUGGAUAGCAUGAAAUGUUAUUAAAUAUAUAAAUAUAAUAACAACCGAUUAUAUAAAUAAUAUUUAUCCACGGCUGUUGUAUAUUGUACCCAUUAUAAGUCUUCCUGCUCGACCUUAAGAAUAUUCAUUGGUCACUGCUCUCAGAUACUUUCUCGAUUUAGGUAUAUUAUAUUGAUUCCUUACUAAAAAUCGAUUUGUAUAAAUUUAUCAUGUAAAAUACUACUAAAUAUUAUCAAUCAAAAUUAAUAAAGUGACUUUUUGACACCACCAAAAAUUAAAGAAGCGGCUGGAGUUGCCUAUUCAAAUUUAAUGUCGGCGCAAAGUCAAAGAAAGUAUAUAAUAUGGCAUACGAAUUCUUAUUAAAAUAUUUGUCAAACUAAUACAUCGAUUUUUGUGUUGAUUAUUAACGGUUAAUAAAAUUUUUGAUAACUAUGUACUAUGUAUAAAUGAACAAUAAUAUAUUGUAUGGAAUAUUUGUUAUAAUAAAAUAAUAGUGUUUCUAAUAAGGUAACAAAAUUUUCUAAUAAAAAAGUUCAGUAGUCGUGGAUAAAGUAUAGUAUUCUACUCGAGUAUAAUGAGUCGCAUAAAUCACCUCCAUUAUACAAUCUUGAAUAAUAUACUAUUAUUGAAUAGUUUCAGUUGUUAUUAAUUUUUUGUCGAUUCCGGCAACAUAACAUGUUUUAUACAACAGUGUGAAUAUUUUAAACUUACGAUAAUAAAACACCCCAAAUUAAUCGAAUUAAUUUUAAACUCUAUAUUAUGCAAUUCUAGAUAUUACACUGUUUUCCUUUCUUUGUGCCUUAUACUUAUACCUACAUUUUAUAAUAUCUUUGUUGUUAAUGGUCCAAUAAAUAAUGUUUAUUUA